AUGUCGAGUUUGGAAGAAUAUCUUGAAAAAAAGUAUGGCGCAACGCCUUCCACUUCCAACGAAUUAAAAAAAAAGAAGAAAAAGAAGCAGAAACCGAUUAGCAUAACUAAAGGACAAUCUUCGGGAAAUUAUGCUAUAAUAGAUGAUGACGACUUGACAAAUAGUUGGAAAUCCGUCAAGCCUGAAGACGAGUGGAACGACAGUUUUCCUAGCUGGAAAUCUGUCAACCCUGAAGAUGAAGAAGAAGACGAGGGUGAGUCAGAGAUUAAAAAGACCUCUAAAUGGAAACCAAUUCAGGGCGAAGACGAAGAUAAUGAAAAUACUAGCAAUCGGAAACCCAUUAAGAGCGAAAUUGAGGAAAAGACUCCUGCGGAUAAGAAAUCCGCUUCAGGUGUGACACAAUUGUUUAUGAAAAGGAAUCGCCAUCGCUUGGUUGUUCUCGUCGAUACUCACAAGUUAACCAAUUUACUCGAAUUAGAUGCAUCUACAUCAAAACCUACUAUGGCCUCUGGACUACCUGCUGGACUGCUAUCCGCAGAUCAAGUUCAGGAAAUGCUUGAUAAACGGAAAAGAAAACGCGAAGAAGAUAAUAAGGGUUACGAAACUGGAGCCAAUGCUGAAAUCGUGCAUCGUGAUAAAUAUGGUAGAAAAAUUGAUAUGAAUGCGAAACGUGAAGCAGAAAGAAAGAAAAUAGAAGAAGAGGAAAAGAGAGCAAAAUGGGGUAACGAAGAUAAAAAGCAGAAAGAACGUACCAUGAAGGAUAAGCCUUUGGCAAUAUACAAGGAUGACGCAGAAUUAAACGAAGAGUUGAAAGCACGAGAACGUUGGAAUGAUCCUGCUGCUAUAUUUUUACCAAAAACAAAGAAAAUCAAAGAUAGAAACAUUCCCAAAUAUCAAGGAACAGCCCCCCCGAAUAGAUUUGGCAUACAACCUGGGUAUCGAUGGGAUGGUGUAGAUAGAUCCAACGGUUUUGAGAGAGAACAUUUCGCUCGACAGAAUACUCGUAAAGCACUAGAAGUUGAGGCAUACCGAUGGUCCGUCGAAGAUAUGUGA